GCAGCAUGUGGAGUGGUGAAUGCAAUGUAUGGAAGUUGCUUGCUGUCUGAUGAAACAUUCCCAUGAAAUUACGCUUCCAGAGUUUUUCGUAUUUGAGUGACAAUGUCUACCAAAUUAUUGUCUGUUAACAACACGGUUCUGAAAUGUUUGAAAACUUUUCAGAGCGGUUAUCUGCGAGGAUUCGGCACUGGGGCUGCCUCCCUUGGUUCGGUUAAUUUGAAGGGUCGCAGCUGCCUGACUUUGAAAGAUUUCAGUCCAGAUGAAAUCAAAAAGCUGUUGUGGGUGUCAGGGGAUCUGAAACAUCGAAUCAAGCAAGAAAAAGAGUAUCUUCCUCUUCUCCAAGGAAAGUCUAUUGCAAUGAUAUUUGAGAAGAGGAGCACCAGAACAAGAAUGUCCACAGAAACAGGUUUUGCUCUUUUGGGUGGUCACCCCUGUUUCCUAACCUCUCAGGACAUCCACCUCGGAGUGAAUGAGAGUAGCACAGACACAGCUAGGGUUCUCUCAGGGCUCUGUGAUAUUGUCUUGGCUCGAGUGUACAGCCACUCCACACUGGAGGAGCUGGAUAAGGAGGCCUCAGUCCCCAUCAUUAACGGGUUGUCUGACCUCUAUCACCCAAUCCAGAUCCUGGCAGACUACCUCACUCUACAGGAGCAUUAUGGGUCCCUGAGUGGACUGACAGUGAGCUGGAUUGGAGAUGGAAACAACGUCCUCCACUCCUUCAUGAUGUCAGCAGCCAAACUUGGAAUUCAUCUGAAGAUUGCUACUCCAAAAGGUUAUGAACCAGAGAGAAGUGUUAUUGAGGAGGCUCAAAGACUCUCCAAAGAGCAUGGGACCCAGCUUCUUUUGACCACUGACCCCAUGGAGGCAGCCCAUGGCAGCAAUGUUUUAGUAACUGACACCUGGGUCAGCAUGGGACAGGAGGAUGAGAAGAAGAAGAGGCUCAAUGACUUUAAAGGCUACCAGAUUACAAUGCAGACAGGAAGUGUGGCCAAACCCGACUGGACUUUCCUGCACUGUCUCCCACGGAAAAUGGAGGAGGUGGAUGAUGAGGUAUUCUACUCGCCUCGCUCCCUUGUCUUCCCCGAGGCAGAGAACAGAAAGUGGACGAUUAUGGGUCUAAUGGUUUCUCUUCUGACUGACUACUCUCCAAGGAUUCCAAUGCUCAAAUUUUAACUUUAGCCUUAAGUUGGACUUUAUUUGGUGUCACAAUGUAUAACAGAUGUUACAUAGUUAAAUGCCAGGUUUAAACCAAUAACAACAUAAUAGGAUAUUCAUUACACCAUUAGUUAUUGUGCUUUCAUUGUUGAACUUCACUACUAAAACUUAGAGCAUGGUUGGCGUUUUCACCUUGUUUGCAGUUCAAGAGGAAACUACAGAAAAUAUUCUGUAGAAGAUGAAAGACCACUUCAGGCUGCUUUUCAUUCGUUACAAGCCUAAGUUUUCUGUUUACUUUUAAAAUUUACUCUGAUAGGGAGCAAACAUUGCUGUAGCAUGAGACCUACAGCGGACAGACUGACUCUCACUGAAUCUUUGUACAUCUUCAAGUUGUUUUGACUGUAAACCCCUUCAAUGGCAACAAGAUUUGCUGAAUUGCUGAAGCUUUACUACUUUUAUUUUUUGCAUGAUAGUUGACUGUUAAGUUUUCACAGGUUUUUUGGGGCAUAUUUGACAUUUUUGUGGAAAUGUAUAUAUUUUUGAGGUCAGAGGCAUCAUAUCGCUUUUUUUUUUUGUCAAGUUUUAAAUCAACCUUUAUGGUAGUCAGUUUAUGAACCAGCUUCUCAAACUUCUCUGUUUUUAGACAUAAAACCAUAGUUUAAAACAGUGCCUUAUUUUCUAGAAUAGCGUGGAACCUAUUUUACCAGACAUAUCACUUUCAUGUCAUGUGUCAUGUACUUAAAAAUGUUAGGGACCAUCUCUGACCGGUGUUUGGAAAUACAUUGCCUUCACAUGCAUGUUAUUUUAAGUAUAACAGGUGUUGAAAGUACCAGCUAAACAAACUUGAUAGAGAUUAAAAAUCUGCACUAAAAAUUAAACUGAGUCAAAGCAAUGCAAUUUGUAGUGACAAAAUAUAUUUAACUUUCACAGUAAACACACCCAUUACCUUUGCUAGUAUCUGAUAAUGACAUUGUAUCAUUAAUGGUGAAUAAA